CUUUAAAUAACAAUAAUGUAAACAACAAGGCCCCUAUAAUCUUUGAUAUAACAGUGGUCAAAAUCAGACAAGGCUUAUCUGCAUCAAUGACGCAAUUGUUGCCCUAACCAAGCACUACAAAUAUCAGCUCAAGAUCUCUCAGCAGCUGGGUCAAUCUUCUUCCUUCAACCAACCCGAAAGGCUACUCUUCUGCCAACCCUGGCAUCAGUUAUAGCCACACCGUCUCGACGCAAAUUAUACCAUGGCUCCCUCUCCUACUGGAAAGAAGGACGAGGCGCAACAGAUGAACGUUGACAAUAUGUCCAAAGCCCAAGAUCGCCUGGCUCGGUUCAAGGCCCUUCAAGCGCGAGCAAAGACUUCAUCGGAGAAAAACCUGAAAGAGGCGACACUCGAAUCGCAAAGGCUAGCCACAGAUCCCAGCCAAAUUACCGCCCUACAUCGGAAACAUGCGAUCGCAUCUCACAAACUACUCAAGGCAGACGUGGAGGAAGCGGGUGGAGAUUUCGAGCGAAAGCGCGCAUGGGACUGGACCGUCGAUGAGAGCGAGAAGUGGGAUAAACGCCUCAAGAAGAAGACGACUCGUCGCGACAACAACGCUUUUGCCGACCAUACACAAGAAGCGAACAAGAUAUAUAAGCGACAGCUCAAGAACAUCGAUAUGAAUAUGGAACAAUACGAGAAAGACAAGAAGGCCCUCAUUGAGAAGGCAGCGGCAUCGGGCGGACUAGACAUUGUUGAGACCGAGGAUGGCGAGCUCAUUGCGGUGGAUAAGGAUGGCUCCUUCUACUCUACCGCCGAUUCUACGACUUUUGCUGAAAAUAAGCCAGACAAGGCAGCAGUUGACCGCUUGGUGGCAGACCUGCAGAGAGCAGAAGAACAAAGACUGAAGAAGAGAAAGGAGAGGAUGGCACAGAAUGGGGACGAUGGCGAUGUGACAUACAUCAAUGAAAAGAAUAAGCAGUUCAACCAGAAGCUCUCGCGGUUCUACAACAAGUAUACCGCAGAGAUCAGGGAUAGCUUUGAACGAGGAACAAUGAUUUGAAACGAACAAGAUAUUAAGUUAGGUUUUGGUCCAGUCGAGUAUUA